GGAAUGGCAGAUCCUUCUAGUUGUUAUAACUAUCACGAGCGUGACAUCGACCAAGCACUUGUCGUACUGAAAAAGGGAACACAAUUACUCAAGUACAGUAGGAAAGGGAAACCUAAAUUCCGCGCAUUCAGGCUUUCACCGGAUGAAAAAACGUUGAUUUGGUUCUCGCGUGGAGAAGAAAAAGGUUUGAAGUUAUCUGAAGUUUCUCGAAUCGUCCCUGGACAAAGAACUGCUGUUUUCAAGAGAUUUUUACGUCCAGAGAAGGAUCAUUUAUCAUUUUCACUUUUAUAUAAUAAUAGAGAAAGGUCACUUGAUCUGAUUUGUAAAGACAAAGCUGAAACAGAGGUUUGGUUUGCUGGUCUUAAAUCUUUGAUUGAAAAAAGCCGUAAUAGACGCACCAGAAGUGAGAUCCCUGAGAUACAUGACAGUGAUAACUUCUCUGUUGGUCGUCCAUCUAUAGACUUUGUCUCGAGUAAUAUUCCACGAGGUAGAACAUCAAUCGAUCUAGGACAUCAGAACAAUUCAGAUGUGGGAUAUGAACGUGGAAACAUGUUAAGACCAAGCACAGAUGGUUUUCGGAUUAGUGUCUCAAGCACACCAAGUUGUUCAAGUGGAGGAUCUGGUCCAGAUGAUAUAGAAUCAUUAGGUGAUGUUUAUGUUUGGGGUGAAGUUUGGACCGAAGGGAUAUUACCAGAUGGGUCUGCUAGCAAAGAAACAGUGAAAAUAGAUGUAUUGACUCCAAGACCUUUAGAAUCAAACGUUGUUCUAGACGUUCACCAGAUUGUUUGCGGUGUAAGGCACGUCGCGCUUGUGACAAGGCAAGGAGAGGUUUUUACAUGGGGAGAAGAAGCUGGAGGAAGACUUGGACAUGGUAUCCAAGUCGAUAUUAGUCGUCCAAAGCUUGUUGAGUUUCUUGCUUUAACCAACAUAGAUUUUGUUGCAUGUGGAGAAUAUCACACUUGUGUUGUUUCUACCUCUGGGGACUUGUUUUCAUGGGGAGAUGGAAUCCAUAAUGUUGGGUUAUUAGGGCAUGGUAGUNNUAUUAGCCAUUGGAUACCUAAAAGAGUCUCUGGUCCACUAGAAGGUCUUCAAGUGCUUUCAGUUGCUUGUGGAACAUGGCACUCAGCUGUAGCUACUGCAAACGGGAAGCUAUUCACGUUUGGUGAUGGAGCAUUUGGAGUUUUAGGUCAUGGAAAUAGAGAAAGUGUUUCAUAUCCUAAGGAAGUACAGUCAUUGAACGGUUUAAAAACAGUGAAGGUAGCUUGUAGUGUUUGGCAUACCGCGGCGAUUGUAGAAGUUAUGGGUCAGACCGGUACAAGUAUGUCUUCUAGGAAGUUGUUUACUUGGGGUGAUGGUGACAAAAACAGGUUAGGACAUGGAAACAAAGAGACUUACUUGUUUCCAACUUGUGUCUCUUCUCUUAUUGACUACAACUUUCAUAAGAUUGCUUGUGGGCAUACAUUUACAGUCGCACUCACAACAUCAGGACAUGUUUUUACUAUGGGUGGUACUGCACAUGGUCAGCUAGGUAACUCAGUAUCUGAUGGUAAGUUACCUUGCUUAGUACAAGAUCGAUUGGUUGGAGAAUUCGUCGAAGAAAUCGCGUGCGGUGAUCAGCAUGUCGCGGUUUUGACUUCUAGAAGUGAAGUCUUCACAUGGGGAAGAGGUGCUAAUGGAAGAUUAGGACAUGGAGAUACAGAGGAUAAAAGAACACCAACUUUAGUUGAAGCCUUGAGAGACAGGCAUGUGAAAAGUUUAUCUUGCGGCUCAAACUUCACAUCGAGUAUAUGUAUACAUAAGUGGGUAUCUGGAGCGGAUCAAUCAAUAUGCUCUGGAUGUCGUCAAGCAUUUGGAUUUACUAGAAAGAGACAUAAUUGUUAUAACUGUGGUUUAGUCCAUUGUCAUGCUUGUAGCUCAAAGAAAGCUUUAAAAGCAGCAUUAGCUCCAACUCCAGGGAAACCACAUCGAGUAUGUGAUGCAUGUUACAGUAAACUUAAAGCAGCAGAGUCUGGUUAUACCUCUAAUGCAAACAGAAACAAUGUUGCAUCUUCUAGUCGGUCAGUAGAUGGAUCGGUAAGAAUUGAUAAAGAAACAACAAGAACAUCGAAAGUUCUCUUGUCCGCAGCUACAAAUUCAGUUAGGUCAUCGUUAAAGCAUGGAUCCAUACCUGAGUCUUCUAAUGCACGUGCCUCACAAGUUCCAUCUCUCCAGCAACUUAAAGACAUUGCUUUCCCGAGUCCGCUUAGCGCCAUUCAAAAUGCUUUCAAACCUGUUGUUGCUCCUAGUACUACUCCACCACGUCUACUUGUUGUUGGACAAUCAUGUCCAUCACCACCUCCACCUGUAAGAUCUUCCUCUCCUUAUGCAAGAAGACAGAGCCCUCCACGCACUUCUGGAUUUUCAAGGAGUGUUGUUGAUAGUUUGAAAAAGACUAAUGAAGUUAUGAACCAAGAAAUGACAAAGUUGCAGAGUCAGGUCAAGAAUUUGAAACAAAGAUGUAAUAAUCAAGGGACAGAGAUUGAGAGAUUCCAAAAAGCAGCUAAAGAAGCUUAUGAAGUAGCUGCAAAACAAUCGUCCAAGCACAAAGCUGCAACAGAAGCACUUAAGUCUGUAGCAGAACAGUUGAAAGGGUUAAAGGAUAAAUUACCUCCAGAAGAGAGUGAAGCAUUUGAAUCUAUUAACUCUCAAGCUGAAGCUUAUCUAAACGCAAACGAAACAUCAGAAACACUUACAACUUCGGGACAAGAACAACAAGAAACAUAUUCUUCUACAAAUACAUACCAAGAUCAAAAAGUAUCAUCCAACUCAAGUAUAACGGAGACAUCGAAUUCAUCAAGGCCACAGAGUUCAGAAGCUUCAUCAUCAAGAACAAGUGGGAAAGAAAGCAAAGAACAAUUUGAGCCUGGUGUUUAUGUGACUUAUGAGGUAGACAUGCAUGGUAACAAGAUCUUCCGACGAGUUAGGUUUAGUAAAAAAAGAUUUGAUGAGCAGCAAGCAGAAGAUUGGUGGACUAAAAACAAAGAGAGGUUGCUUAAAUGUUAUAGUUCGACUUCAACAACAUCAUCGAAUCCAACAGCUUCUGACUCACCUAUCGCUCCUCCACCUCCGUCUGAUUUGUCAGAACCUGAGCAGAACAACGAGAAGGAGCCAGAUUCUGAAACCUAA